UGUUUCUGCUUAUUAUCUCUGGCCUUUAUUAACCGGCCCAGAUGAUCAGGUGACGGCUCGCUGUGGAGGCUCUCGCUCGUUUUUUGUCGUUGAUAUUUGGAGUUGCUCUUGAAUCUUUGGCUUCUUAGGAAUACGUUCUAUUGAAAGGGAAUAAAUGAUCACCUCAGCAAGACGACUCGCCAAAGACAAACCCGAAGUCCAGAUCUCCUUCAGCCUCGACGAGUCCUCUGAGCUAAACCCUGCGGAGGAUGAAUACCCAUCUUUUCCCAACCUUGAGCAACGCCUGCAGCCAGUGCUGCCGUGCCAGUCUCUGAAGGAGUCGGUCCAGAUCUACAGAGAACACUGCAAAAUGGCUAAAGAGUUUCACCAGGUUAAAAACGAAAUCGCUCUGCUGGAAGACAGAAAGAGGGAGCUGAUAGCAGAACUGGCCGAAGACGAAAGUGCGACGCUGGAGAUCGCCGGACUGGAGGAAGAGUUUCACCUGCUGGUGGAGGAGAACCAAUCUCUGGUCACCAUGUACACCGAGUGCACUCAGCAGCUCGCCACUCUGCGCAUAGUCAAUCAGAAGAGGCAGGGCUCGUCCUGACCCACGCAGGAGCCGUAAUGGAAUUUUUUUCACUUGGAAAGUACCAUAAAUUUUGAGAGAAUUACAAUGAUACUAUAAAACACUGGUUUAAAAUGGUAAAUACUUCUUACAC